AUGGCAUCGACCCUCAGUCCAAAUAGGCUAUCAGUCCAGAAUGGGCCCCCUCGAUCAUCACAUUCAUCAUCACCUUCACUUGGCGGUGAAACUUUACGGUCAAGAGCAGACUCAACUAUCUCUUGUGCAGAUACUGUUGUUAGGUCAAGAGCAAACUCAGCAGCUACCACCACCAAAGCUGUAUAUGAUGACGUCUCAGUGGAAGAUGCCUUAAAUCCGGAUGCUCGAAAUGAGGAUGAUUUCAUCGUGCAAGAUAAUAAGUUUGCCUUCUCACCCGGCCAGCUCAAUAAGAUGCAAAAUCCGAAGUCCCUGGCUGCCUUUCAAGCGCUUGGUGGCUUACAUGGCCUGGAACGCGGCUUGCGGACAGAUUUGGCAGCUGGAUUGUCCAUAGAUGAGGGUCGCUUAGAAGGCACCAUGAGCUUCCAAGAGGCGACGUCUGGGAACGCCCACCCCAAACAACAAUUGUCCUCAAUCACAGAAACACCUGCAUCCGAGACCGACUCACAGUUCCAGGAUCGCAUACGCAUCUUCAGCCAAAACAGACUGCCUGCUCGUAAGUCGACUGGCUUUCUGAAGUUGCUUUGGCUUGCAUACAAUGAUAAAAUUAUUAUCUUGCUUACUAUCGCCGCUAUUGUAUCACUGUCUCUGGGUAUCUAUGAGACCGUCAGUGAAGGUUCAGGAGUCGACUGGGUCGAAGGAGUUGCUAUCUGUGUUGCGAUAUUGAUUGUCACCGUUGUCACAGCCGCCAACGACUGGCAGAAAGAAAGGCAAUUUGCCAAGUUGAACAAACGUAACAACGACAGAGAAGUCAAAGCCGUCCGCUCGGGCAAGGUGUCUAUGAUUUCAAUCUAUGAUAUUACUGUUGGAGACGUUCUCCACCUUGAGCCCGGUGACUCUAUCCCUGCUGAUGGUGUGCUGAUAUCUGGUCACGGAAUCAAGUGUGACGAGUCUUCUGCCACUGGCGAGUCAGAUCAGAUGAAGAAAACCGAUGGAUAUGAAGCCUGGCGGCAAAUCACAAAUGGCACUGCUACGAAGAAACUCGACCCCUUUAUGAUUUCUGGCGGUAAGGUCCUUGAAGGUGUAGGGACCUUCCUAGUAACGAGCGUCGGACGAUACUCAACUUAUGGGCGCAUCCUGUUGUCGUUGCAGGAGAAUAAUGAUCCGACCCCUUUGCAAGUCAAGCUGGGAAGGCUUGCCAACUGGAUCGGCUGGCUGGGCUCUGGCGCUGCAAUCGUCCUGUUCUUCGCAUUGCUUUUUAGAUUCAUUGCUCAACUCCCGGAUAACCCGGGCUCUCCUGCGCACAAGGGAAAGGAAUUCGUAGAUAUUCUCAUCGUUGCUGUUACAGUUAUUGUCGUCGCCAUUCCUGAGGGUCUCCCACUGGCUGUAACUUUGGCACUAGCCUUUGCUACAACACGAAUGGUCAAAGAGAACAACCUUGUGCGCGUCUUUCGUGCUUGCGAGACGAUGGGAAAUGCCACAGUCAUUUGCUCCGACAAGACAGGGACUCUAACCCAAAAUAAAAUGACUGUGGUCGCCGGGACACUGGGGCAAAAGAGCUUCGGACAAGAUGACAAUUCCAGCUCCUCGGUGACCGCAACUGAAACUUUCAAACAGUUUUCUUCCAGGAUGCGUGACCUGCUCGUCAAGAGCAUUGCAAUUAACUCGACCGCUUUUGAGGAGGAAAGGGAGGGCUCGAAAGAGUUCAUCGGGAGUAAAACCGAAGUAGCAUUGCUACAACUGGCUAAAGACUACCUCGGAAUGGAUGUCACUGCUGAACGUGGAUCCGCGGAGAUAGUUCAACUGAUUCCCUUUGAUUCCGCCCGCAAGUGUAUGGGAGUGGUGUACCGGGAACCUACAGUGGGCUAUCGGCUUCUUGUCAAGGGAGCCGCUGAGAUUAUGGCUGGAGCAUGCUCGAUGAAGAUCGCUGGUACGGAUGGCUCUAAUGGCAUCACUGUUGAUCAGUUCACCCAGGAGGACAGUCGGGAGAUACUCAACACUAUUGAAUCCUAUGCCAACAAAUCUCUACGAACGAUCGGGCUGGUCUAUCGCGAUUUUUCGAACAUUUCCAGCUGGCCUCCGAGCUAUAUCAAGCCCUCUGAGGAUGAUUCAGAUAUGGCUCAGUUCGAAGAUCUUUUCCGUGACAUGACCUGGAUUGGCGUUGUGGGUAUCCAGGAUCCUCUCAGACCCGAAGUUCCUGCAGCUAUUGAGAAGUGCCGCACCGCCGGUGUGCAAGUGAAGAUGGUCACUGGUGACAACAUAGCAACAGCCACCGCCAUCGCAUCGUCCUGUGGUAUUAAGACAGAAGAUGGAAUUGUCAUGGAAGGCCCCAGAUUCCGCCAGCUGUCGGAUGAUGAAAUGGACAAGGUGCUUCCACGUCUUCAAGUCCUGGCCCGCUCAUCGCCCGAGGAUAAGCGGAUAUUGGUAGCACGACUGAAGCACUUGGGAGAGACUGUGGCGGUAACUGGAGACGGUACCAACGAUGGCCCUGCACUGAAGACUGCCGAUGUUGGCUUCUCCAUGGGUAUCGCUGGUACAGAAGUUGCCAAGGAAGCCAGCUCAAUCAUUCUACUAGAUGAUAACUUCAGUUCGAUUAUUACAGCAAUCGCAUGGGGCAGAGCUGUGAAUGAUGCCGUGGCCAAAUUCCUCCAGUUCCAGAUCACGGUCAACAUCACUGCUGUCGUUCUAACCUUUGUUUCGUCUCUCUACAGCAAUGAGAACCAAAGUGUGUUGAGCGCAGUGCAGCUGCUUUGGGUCAACCUGAUCAUGGAUACCUUUGCAGCCCUCGCUCUUGCAACUGAUGCGCCGACGGAGAAAAUCCUCCAUCGCAAGCCUGCCCCGAAGAGUGCCUCUCUUUUUACUGUGGUCAUGUGGAAGAUGAUCCUCGGACAGGCAGUUUACCAGCUGGCCAUAACUUUCAUGCUAUAUUUUGCCGGAAGCCACAUUCUCAAGGAUCAUCUCAGUGCCGAUAAUGGACAGAAAGAGCUCGCCACCAUCGUGUUCAACACUUUCGUGUGGAUGCAGAUUUUCAAUGAGUUCAACAACCGAAGGCUUGACAACAAGUUCAAUAUCUUCGAAGGAAUGUUUAAGAACUACUGGUUCCUCGGAAUAAAUUGUAUCAUGGUUGGCGGCCAAGUCAUGAUCGUUUAUGUCGGCGGUGAAGCUUUCGGCGUGACUCCUCUCAACAGCAUCCAGUGGGCUGUUUGUAUCAUCUGUGCGAUCGGUUGUCUUCCUUGGGCUGUGGUUCUCCGCCUGAUUCCUGACAAGCCGUUCGGGAUCGCACUCGACUUUGUUGUCAGAACCAUAGCAUUAAUCUUGCGGCCUAUCAGCAAAGCUUUUGAGUUUGUUGGAAAGAUGCUCAAGUCUGCUGUGCGACCUGUUAAACGGGUUACCAAGCGGGUAUUCAACAAGCGUCAGGAAGAAGACAUUGGUAGACCUGAUGAAGAGACUGCCGUGUUGACGGAUCUGAGACGACAGCAAACCCCCGAGGCGCCAACGACUUCGGCCACAGUGCCUCCGAUUACUAUCACAACCUCUUGA